GCCCGUUCAAUUCUUGUUGGUUUGAUUAUUCGUAGUUUUGAAAACAACUUCAACAUGAAGUUCAAAAUUUAUUCUACAAAAGAAGCUAAAUCCAGGGAAGCAAUUUCCGCCUUAGGCUGGUGCAAUAACGAAGAAAUCUACAGCUGCAGCGAUGAUAAUCAGCUAUUUCGCUGGACAUCUACGAACAGGGAAUUCAUGCAAGUGGCGAAGCUACCGGACGAUUUUAGCCCAACCGACUUGCACUGGUUGCUACCGAAGGGGGCUGCGGUUACCAGUUCCGGUGGCGCCGGUUCCAAAGGAAGUGAUACAUUAUUGGUUUGUAGCGCGGACGGGCGAUUCAUUAUACUCAAUAAAAGUGCCCGAGUCGAAAGGAACGUCUCUGCGCAUAAUGCGACCAUUGUCUCCGGAAGAUGGAGUCCCGAUGGAACAGGAUUGCUGACCGCCGGUGAAGACGGUAUAAUUAAAAUUUGGUCACGAUCUGGAAUGCUUCGAUCGACGGUUGUACAGCACGAGGGUCAAAUUCGUUGCGCCCGAUGGGCCCCGAAUGCCACUGCUAUCGUUUACUGCCAGGGACCGUUUGUGGCGAUCAAACCACUGGCUGCCAACAGCAAGUUGACCAAAUGGCGAGCGCAUGACGGUUUGGUACUAUGCAUUGCUUGGUCUAAUAACACGGAUAUGGUGGCGUCGGGUGGUGAAGAUUGUCGGUACAAAAUUUGGGACACCCAAGGAGCCAACAUCUACACGAGUGUCUGCGAUGACUAUGCUAUUACUUCGUUGGACUUCAGUCCAGAUGGAGAGUUACUCGCGGUGGGAGGAUUCAACAUGCUGAAACUGUGUCACUAUUCUGGGUGGAACCACAGUAUUAACCGUUUCAAUCAAGAAACGGUUGGGUCGAUGUUCAACAUCACAUGGUCGGCGGAUGGAACCCAAAUAACGGCCGGUACCAGUACCGGAAUCAUUCUGUUUGGACACAUAAUCGAACGUGAGCUACGUAAUCGUAAUCUGAAGGCAACUACGACCGGCCGGAAAACGAUCACCCUGCACGAUAUCGUUGCAAGAACGAAAGAUACUCUGGAUUUUUCUGAACGGGUCAUUAAAUGGGAGCUGGGCUAUGGCCACUUGGUAGUAGCGACCGCUCAUCAAGUUCAUAUAUUCAACGAGAACUACAUCAACACUCCAAUCAUUAUCGAUGGACGCACAGAGAUAAAGAUUAUUGUUCUAGGGAAAAAGAAUUUCCUAUUGGUGGAUAACACUUCAAUAUGGAUCUACACCUACACAGGAAGAUUACACCUAAAUCCUCGCUUUCCGGCAUCACAAUCCCAAAUACCCCACCUCAAUAGUCGUUGUAUAUCCUUAGGGUUAGACACGUUGGCCAUCCGGGACUAUUCAGAUCAGUCAGUCAUUCAUGUAUUUGACCUUUUGCCAAGCGCAAGCCGACAAGAAGAGCCCUAUACAGUGCAAAGCAAGUCACCACUGGUGGAAAUUGCUGUAUGUAGAUUCGGUAAUCCCGAAGAUCAGUAUCUCGUGUUCAUCGACGUUAACCGGGACCUCUUUAUCACAAGCGUCCGCAGCGCGCCAGAUUAUACCAUCCACAAAAUUGGGACUCAGGUUUGCACCGUCAUGUGGUCCAGUGACACUAAUAUUCUCGUUGGCUUACACGAUUCCUGUUACAGUGUGUGGUACUGCCCAGGGGAAGCUUGUACCGAUCCAACGUUGAUUGCUUUAACUACUUUCACGUUCGACACCAGCGAGUUUGGCAAAAACAUAACGCUGGAGAAUUUCGAAGGUGCAAAUGUUACAUUUCGGAGUUCUGGCGCAAUAUUCACCGUUUCGGUGAAGGCGUAUUGCGUGAUACUGCAGAAGCUGUUCGCUGAUAACUCAUGGGAGCGAGCUCUGAAGUUGUGCCGAUUGGUUCAAAAUCAAAUCCUGUGGGCAACGUUGGCAGCGAUGGCAUCGAAACGAAAUCAGCUGGAGAUUAGCGAGGAAGCAUUUUCUGCAGCGUUACAAAUCGACAAAGUCAACUAUUUGGCGUUUAUGAAGGACUUGGACCAAUCCAGUCCGGAACAGAUGGCAGAAAAUUCGAUCAUGAAUGGAAGAAUACAAGAAGCGGAAAUCAUAUUGCUACACAACAAAAAGAUUCACGAGGCAAUACUGUUUUGUUUGAGAAUGCAUCGCUGGAGUCGUGCCAUCGAAAUCGCCAGGAAACAUGAGUCCGACAUAGAAUUGGUCCUGAGAGAGCGGAAGAAAUAUCUGCAAGCGCUUGGGCGAGAGGAAUACGAUCCUAGUUAUUUACAAUUGUAAAAUAUUUGACCAACAGUAAUCUUUUAGAAAUAGUCAAAACAAUUCAACUCAUCAGCGAACUGGAAAGAGACCUCCUAUAAACGCGACCCAAAUAAAAACUUAUU